AUGGAGCGCCAGCUCCAGCACCGCCGGCUGCAGCACGAGGCCAUCGCCGCCUCCACCGCCACCACCCUGUACGGCGCGCUGGUCUACCUGAACCGUGGAGGGCUGUGCAAGGAGCCCCUCAGCCCCGCCAUGUUUGCGCGGCCCAACCUCAAGGGACUGCAAGCGGUGCUGCACCUGCUACACCACCGCAUCCGCGGCGCGGCACGCACCAAAAAGGAGCUGCAACAUGUGUAUCCUGUGCUGGAGCCUGGGCAGGGCCGGGAGUUUAAGGCGGUCAUGCAGGGCUGGAUUCGGGAGCUGGGUGAGGCGGGGCUGGUGCUCCCCGACACAGUCAAGUACUUUGUGACCGCCUACCAGGGCAGCAACAGCCACCGCACGGUGCUCAUGCUGCUGGAUCUCAGCACUGUGGCGCUGGGCCGAGAGCUGGGCGAGGGGCCGCAGGCAGGGCUGCCCGGUGUGGAGCUGGUGCAGCCGCACGCUGCGGCAGUGGUGGGCCGCCUGCCGCGCGGCGCACGGCAGGCGGCGGCCGCUGCACAGCGGGAGCUGCAGGCGCGAAUGGACGAGGUGGUUGCCGCCAUGCAGCGCCUGAAGCAGCUGCAGGCGCAGGCGGCGGGACAGCUGGCGGCGGGGCACGCGGCUUCGGGGGCGGCGGCAGCCCAGCUGGCGCCACACGUGCCGCCGCUCUUCUCGGCCUCCCAGGCCGCCGCCCGGCGCGGCGAGCUGGUGCUGGAGCUGCUGUCGCAUGGGCCGCCCCUCACAGUCCAGCCCGAGGCGGUGCGGCCCGACAGCUGGGCAGACCUGCUGGCCGCGGGCAAGGCUGGAGUCGCCACGGGCGAGGGCGCAGCGGCAUCCCCCGCAGUGGCAGCUCGCCGGCUCAGCAACCCGGCGCAGGAGGCGAGCAACUUUGCGGCAGAAGGGCUGGCUGCAGAUGCCGACGUCAUCACCGUGCACGGCGUGCUGACUCAGCGCCUGCACGCUGCGGGCGCCGCACUCCAAGCGGCGGUGUCCAGCGGUGCACCGCCAGGCGCCCCUGAAGUGCAGGCCACGCUCGCUGAGGCGGCCGUGUAUAGAGAGAGCCUCAUGCUGAGUGUGUGGCAGGAGCUGGCAGCAGCGCAGAUCCGGAGCGAGCAGCGGGCGCCAGCUGAGACGGUGGGACGCGGCAGCUUUGCGGCUGGCGGUGGCGGUCAAGCAGGCACAGCAGACAGCGGCGGCAUGUCGAUAGAUGCGCUGAUGCAGCGCCUCAAGCUGCUGCCAUCCAAGGGCCCUCGCUGA